ACUUACAUAUAAAAUACGAAAAAGUAAAGAACUUGUAGAGGACCCAACAAAGGCCAAAGGGAAAGCUUUCAAGUUCUUUCUUUUUUUUUUUCUUCUUUUUUUUCCCCUCGUCAUUGGGAAAGCUUUGAAGUUACUCAUCUCUUUCUCCCUCCCUUCCUCUUCACCAUUUCUUCCUGUCUUUCUUUUACCUUUCUUCUGCCAUUUCUUGCAUGAACAAGCUAUGGCCAUGGAGGAGUGGUUUGCCAAAAUAAUGAAUAUGAUGAAGGCCAUACGAAAUAUCAGAAAUUGACAACACCUCUCCCAAUCUCAAUCCACCAAAAACCACAAUAACAAAUUAGCUUCAAUUCAAUGUAAAACCCUCCUCACCAAACCUCUCCCCCAUAUUAAACUAAUCCUUUCAGCUAAAUCCUCACAUUUCGUGUACUUCUCCCUCAUAAUCCAUCCAUCCCCUCAACAUAUGUAUGUCGGCUCAAAACCCUUUGUCUAGCUACCUCUCUCACUCCCUUUAAUUAUUGAUCUCUCGCGGGUCACGGCUCGACCCAGAACCAUUUUUCUACUCAGCACUGACUAUCCCAUGCAGACGCCUCGCCGGAAAACACCGCCCCUCUUCUCCUCGUCGGAGAGUUUCUCUUCCAAUUCCAUGAAGGCUGCCAUCGGCGGCAGGAAAGGGGCCAACCUGCCGGUAUUUGCGGCGGUCGUGCUGAUCCUCCUCUUUGGGGUCGUCAUGUACAAUGAGGACAUCAAGUCAAGAGCGGAGUUUCGGUUAUCGACAUCAAGGCCUAGUAGGACCCAAUUGAUCAUCCAACAACCGGAAGUCAUCGACAUGCUGCCCCAAGAAACAGCCAAGAAAGAAGAACUUCAGCUUGGGAAUUAUAAGAAAGAAGAAGACCCACCAAACGAUGAUGCAAAAACUUAUAACAAUCAGAAAGAUAAAGAUAGAGAGGAGGAGGAGCAGAAGAUUGAUCAAAUUAUGGCCAUGGAAGACCAAGAGGCCGAGGAGUCAGGCAUUGAAUUGCCGCCGGAAGGUUGCGACCUCUUCACUGGGCAAUGGGUUCUGGAUAACGCGACGCACCCGUUAUACAAGGAGGACGACUGCGAGUUCCUCUCCAACCAAGUCACCUGCCUUAGAAAUGGGAGGAAGGACUCCUUGUUCCAGAAGUGGAGGUGGCAGCCCAGAGACUGCUCUUUGCCCAAGUUCAACGCGAAGUUGUUGCUGAAGAAGCUGAGGAACAAGAGGCUUAUGUAUAUAGGAGACUCAUUGAAUAGGAACCAAUGGGAGUCAAUGGUGUGUUUGGCUCAGUCUAUCGUUCCUUCCGGCAAGAAGCGCUUGAGUAGGACCGGGUCUCUCUCUAUCUUCAAAAUUGAGGACUAUAAUGCGACGAUAGAGUUCUAUUGGGCACCAUUCCUGGUGGAAUCGAACUCCGACAACCCAUCCAUGCACAGCGUAUUGAACCGGAUCAUAACGCCAGAAUCGAUAGAUAAACAUGCCCAACAUUGGAAGGGCGUCGACUACCUCAUCUUCAACACAUACAUUUGGUGGAUGAACACCGGCAACAUGAAAGUUCUCCGAGGAUCGUUCGAUGAAGGGUCGAAGACUUAUGAUGAGAUCGAGAGGCCGGUAGCAUAUGGGAGGGUGUUACGGACAUGGGCUAAUUGGGUAGAACAGAAUGUGGAUCCGGCCCGGACAACAGUUUUCUUCAGCAGCAUGUCUCCUAAUCACCUCAAGAGCACAGAUUGGAAUAACCCAGAGGGGAUCAAGUGUGCCAAGGAGACCACCCCGAUCUUCAACAGGUCCGGCCCGUUGAAUAUCGGCACUGACAGGAGACUCUUCGUGCUUGUGCAGAACGUGACACGGUCCAUGAAAGUGCCGGUGAAUUUCAUGGACAUCACAACCCUCUCCGAGUACAGGAAAGACGCACACACAUCAUUGUACACCGUUCGCCAGGGCAAGGUCCUCAACCAGGAGCAGAUGGCUGAUCCCCUCAAGUAUGCUGACUGCAUCCAUUGGUGCCUUCCUGGCCUGCCUGACACGUGGAACGAGCUAGUCUAUACGCGGAUUAUAUCUCGAUCAUGACAAAUUCGAUUUUUAUACUCCCUUUUUCGUGAUACGUAUGAUCAUAAUAGUUUCCCUUUUGGAUCAUUUUAUCGAUUUGCCUUUUUAUUUUUAUUUUUUAUUUUUUGAUUACUACCAAUUUGCCUUUAGCUUCUUACUUCUACACUUCUGUUCUUCUAGGAUUAGAUUAUUAUUAACUUUCCCAUUUUGUUCAUAAAUGUUCCUGAAUUGAACAAAGGCAGGCGAAAUUCCAUUUGGGAUUUUUUAUUUGCCCUUUGCAAUUGUAAAAUCAUUAUCUAUUGCAAGCAAAAAUAAUAAAAA